CUAACUCAUCAUGGAAGAUGUCCGAGAAUCUUUUUCUUCUCCUCCAUGCGGACAUAGUAGCUGUUUCAUUGCUCUCGCCGGAAAAACCCCAGAAACCAAGGUUUUUCCGGCUAGGGACAGAAAGGCAGUUGUUCGGCUUCCUGUUUCUGUCUCUGUUCGAGACCUAGCAUCUGCAGAUAUUAUGGAGAAGGAGCGAGAAGACGAAUUCUCUCCUAGAGAAGUCCUCGAAGACUGCGUGAGGAGCUUAGAAUCAGAAACAGGUUCUUCCAAGGCCAGCACCUCUGGCUCUGAAGCUCAACCCAGGGCCACUUCUCAUUGGCAUGGAUUAUUCCGUUUAUUAAAAGGUAGAUCCUUGAGGCGUUUUUACACCUUUCCUCCUGUUAAUGUUUUUUCUAGAAGAAAGGGAAGAAAUAUCGGAGAAAAACAGUGCCCAACAAUCAAUCCACCUGAAGAAACUGAUUUGGACCAUCUAAAACCGUCCUGGAAGAACUUCACGCUUUCAGAACUACAAAUUGCGACUAAAAAUUUCAGUUCUGAAAAUUUGAUUGGUAAAGGUGGUUAUGCCGAAGUUUAUAAGGGGUGUUUGCAAGAUGGGCAGCUUGUUGCAAUUAAGCAACUGACCCGGGGAACUUCAGAAGAGAAAACGGCGGCCUUCUUAUCGGAGCUUGGAAUCAUAGUCCAUGUAAACCAUCCUAAUACUGCUAAAUUGAUAGGAUACGGAGUGGAAGGAGGAAUGCACAUUGUUCUUGAAUUGUCUCCACAUGGGAGCUUAGCAUCUCUACUUCAUGGUCCAAAGGAGACACUAGUAUGGAGCAUCAGGUAUAAGAUUGCUUUAGGGACAGCUGAUGGUCUCCAGUAUCUUCAUGAGAGUUGUCAAAAGAGAAUCAUUCACAGAGAUAUCAAGGCUGCUAAUAUUUUGCUUACAGAAGAGUAUGAGCCUCAGAUUUGUGAUUUUGGGCUUGCAAAGUGGUUACCUGAACAAUGGACUCACCAUACUGUAUCAAAAUUUGAAGGCACAUUUGGCUAUCUUGCCCCUGAGUACUUCAUGCAUGGUAUAGUAGAUGAGAAGACAGAUGUCUUUUCUUUCGGGGUACUACUUUUAGAGCUCAUAACUGGGCGACGAGCUUUGGAUAACUCGCAGCAAAGUCUAGUCAUGUGGGCCAAGCCUUUGCUGGAUAAGAAUGAUAUGAGGGAGCUUGCUGAUCCUUCUCUUGAUAAUGACUAUGACCCACAGCAGAUGAGUCGUGCAAUUUCAACAGCUUCUUUGUGCACCCACCAUUCUUCACUUUUACGGCCUCGAAUGAGUCAGGUAGUACAACUUCUAAGAGGUGAAGGCAUUCUGGAGAGCCCAAAACAAUGUCAAAGACCAUCUCUUCAAAGAACCUACUCAGAUGAGCUGCAAUAUGCAGAAGAAUACAACUUAACAAGGUAUCUGAAUGAUCUUACUCGGCAUAAGCAGAUUGCUAUGGAGUUUUGAAAGCACAUGCAAUCCAUGUAUCCUCUUGAAACUUUUCUGGAGGUACAAUAUGAAAAGGUUCUCAUGGGAUUCCGGAAUUAGUAUUCAUUCAUGAAACUAUGUGGUCCUUUUGGUGCAAAAUUGGAAGAGGGGUAUGCCCAUUUGAAGACAUGAACAGUUUGAGUGGAAUCCUUAAAACUCAAAUUCCUAGAACCAAAUGCAGCUUAAGAGAAUUUAGAAGGUAGGGUAGUCAAUAAACUCAAAUUCUUCUACCCAUUUUACAUUUUGCUUGCAUUGUGUUGCCAAUGUAACUAAUCUUUCCAACAAUGUUGCUGGUGAAAGAGGGGUAGCUGAUCUUCCCAUGUAUUCUAUUUAGAAGAGAUGAUUAGUACAGCAAUAGACAGAUAAAAAGCAAAGUUAGAUUGUAUCUGUCUUUUGACUUUAAAUCUUACUUGUAUGCUUUUGGAUGUGAUGGAUGACA